AGUGUACCUUGUGUCUAUCUUCCACGUGAAAGAACGGUAUUUUGCCAACUUCACCUUUCAAUGCAAUGUGCUCAAAUUUUUAUCCGAACAUGCUACCAACCGAACUUAAACAAUCAACCCAAAGAGGCACCAAAACAAACCAUCGUUGAAAAAAAUAAAAAACUAAAGCUUCCAUUGAUCGUAACUCGUAAGCACCAACCGAACCCGAAUCCGAAGCUGCAAAAAUGGCGAAUCGGAAUAGCAGAGCCACAGUUGGAUUCCUCUUACGUUCCUUCAACCAAUUCUCUCAUCGCCAACGCAACAUACCCCUUCUCAAUUCUGCAACUCAGUGUUCUCGUUUUACUUUGGGAACAGGUUUUGAUGAAAACGGUGGAGAGUUGCAGCGCAAAAUUGUUCUUGGGGAUCAUAAAGUUUUGUCCUUUGGCCACCCGUUAAAGAAUUUCGUGGAAGCUAGAAAAUGGGGUGGUCGAAUUCAGCAUAAAUCGUACGGUUCAAUGGCUGGGUUGGUUGAAAGGAACCCCAGAUUAUCAGAGUUGAAUGAUGAUGAUGUUAAAUACUUUGAGGGGAUAUUGGGUACCAAAAAUGUCAUUCGGGAUGAGGAAAAGCUCAUCACUGCAAACACUGAUUGGAUGCAUAAAUACAAAGGCUCCAGUAAACUCCUGCUACAACCACACACCACUGAUCAGGUUUCUCAGAUUCUUAAAUAUUGUAAUUCCAGAUGCCUGGCUGUUGUUCCCCAAGGUGGAAAUACUGGUCUUGUUGGUGGAAGUGUGCCUGUCUUUGAUGAAGUGAUUGUUAGUCUUAGCUCUAUGAAUAAGAUCAUAUCUUUCGACAAGGUUAGUGGAAUAUUGGUAUGUGAAGCUGGGUGCAUAUUGGAAAAUAUAAUGUCAUUCCUGGACAAUGAAGGAUUUAUUAUGCCACUAGACUUGGGUGCAAAAGGAAGUUGCCAGAUUGGUGGAAAUGUUUCAACUAAUGCUGGUGGUUUGCGUCUUGUUCGUUAUGGAUCCCUUCAUGGAAAUGUGCUUGGUGUUGAAGCAGUUAUGGCAGAUGGUACUGUACUAGACAUGCUUAAGUCAUUGCGCAAAGAUAACACUGGUUACGAUUUGAAACAUCUAUUUAUAGGAAGUGAAGGUUCCUUGGGAAUUGUUACUAAGAUUUCGAUACUUACCCCACCAAAGCUAUCUUCAGUGAAUGUGGCUUUUCUUGCUUGUAAAGAUUAUAGCAGCUGCCAGAAACUGCUACAGGAAGCAAAAAGGAAACUUGGGGAGAUUCUAUCUGCAUUUGAAUUUUUAGAUCACCAGUCUAUGAAUUUGGUUUUAAAUCACCUGGAAGGUGCACGGAAUCCAUUACCUGCAUCAUUGCAUAACUUCUAUGUGUUGAUUGAGACAACUGGCAGUGAUGAAUCUUCUGACAAACAAAAGCUUGAAGCAUUUCUACUUGGCUCCAUGGAAAAUGAAUUGAUAUCUGAUGGUGUUCUUGCACAAGACAUAAACCAAGCAUCAUCUUUUUGGCUCCUGCGUGAGGGUAUAUCAGAGGCAUUGAUGAGGGCAGGAGCUGUUUACAAGUAUGAUUUAUCAAUACCUAUUGAACAUAUGUACAGUCUUGUCGAAGAAAUGCGCUCAAGACUAGGUAAUACAGCUAAUGUAAUUGGAUAUGGUCACCUUGGAGAUGGUAAUUUGCAUUUAAAUGUUUCUACUCCUCAUUAUGAUGACAAGAUAUUAUCGCAAAUUGAACCCUUUGUAUAUGAAUGGACAUCUAAGCACCGUGGUAGUAUUAGCGCAGAGCAUGGUGUGGGACUAAUGAAAGCAAACGAGAUUUUCUACAGCAAGUCUCGUGAAAGUGUACAAGUGAUGGCUUCAAUCAAGAAUUUGCUGGACCCCAAUCACAUACUCAACCCAUAUAAAGUUCUUCCUCACUCUCUCGUUUCAUAAUUUGAUGUGCAAAAGUUUAUCUUAUAUUUAUUCAUAUCUUUUCUCUCUUCCUUAGAGUUAGGCAAUUUUACUUUUUUCUUUAAUCCAAUAAGUACAAAGGAAUUAUCUCCACGUAUCUUGUACGUAUUUGCGUCCACAUACUCCGUUUAUUCUACAAGAAAAUGGAAAUGUACUCAUACCAUACCAUAGUCCUUCAACAGUAUGCGGAAGUGACCUUCAAAAUAACGAUUCUGAUUUUCAAGAACACAAAAAUCUGAUCAAGUCCCCGUUUAAUAU